AUGUCUGACCAACCUAUUCAGCGGGUCGCCAUUGUCGGCGCUUCUGGCCGUAUCGGCGGCGCCUUCGCUGCGGCGGUUCAGAAAACCGGCAAGCAUGUCGUCACUGCGCUGACCCGCGCGGGCAGCACAGGCACCAUCCCGGAGGGAGUCAAGCGGGUGGAAGUCGACUACAGCAACGAGGACUCGUUGGUGGAGGCGCUCAAGGGCCAGCAGUUCCUGGCCAUCACCCUCGGCGUGUCGGCCGGACCUGACGUGCACCCGCGCAUCAUCACGGCCGCCAAGAAGGCGGGCGUGUCGUACGUGAUGCCCAACAUCUAUGGCUACCCGCUCGCCACCCUCGACGCGUCUGCGAUCUCCCGGAGUGACCUGUACGCGACCGUCACGCUCGAGCGAUUCCAAGAGGUCAUCGACAAAGGCCCUGCGCCGCCCAUCGCGCUCUCGUGCGGGUUCUGGUAUGAGUGGAGCUUGGCCCUCGGCGAGGAGUGGUUCGGUUUCACCAUCAAGGACCGCAAGGUCACCUUUUUCGACGAUGGCAAGCGCCAGAUCACCUCCAGCACGUGGGAGCAGUGCGGCCGCGCUCUGGCCGCACUUGUCAGCCUGCCCGAGUCGAAGCUGGCGGAGUACAAGGGCAAGUUUGUGCGUAUCGAGAGCUUCCACGUCUCGCAGCGCGAGAUGCUUGACAGCCUGCACCGGGUGCUCGGCACGACGGAUGCCGACUGGGAGAUUACCUUUGAGUCGAGCGAGAAGCGUAUCAAGGACGGCGCCGAGGCGAUGAAGACCGGGAACCGCAGGGGGUUCGCGAAGAUGCUAUAUUGCGGCGUCUUUACCCCGUCGAACCCGGUCAGCGACUUCGAGGCCACCUCGAACGCGGAGUUGGGCUUGUCGGUCGAGGACCUCGACGAGCGGACCAAGGUUGCCAUCGAGAUGGUCGAGAGUGGAUGGGACCCCCUGCCUGCGAUGGGUGACGUGUAA